AUUCACAAUAUUAAACUGUAGAAGAUAAAAUAUCAAAAAAAAAAAUCCUUUUUAAUAAUUUAAUUUGUAUGCCCUAUUUUAUUACCCGCGCAAAACAAGGGAUAACUUUCCAGUCGUGCGUGUGUAUAUAUAGUAGCACACUGGGUAUGUAUGUAAAAGGCAUCAUCAGCUUUGACAACCUGAACCCAUGGUGUCUCUAGCUACAACUCUCAAACCACUCUCUCCGUUUCCAUCAUUUGUUAAACAACAUAAAACCAGUAACAAUAAUGCUUUCUCUACUUAUCGCACCCAUACCUAUACAAACUCAGGUUUCUUCAAACGAGGAGGCGCCGUCGCCGUGCCUCACAAGAAAUAUACGUUCGUGGGUGUUCAUGAUGCACCAGAUCAGGUUGAGAGCUCCUGGGGGAUACCAUUGUCGGAGGUUGUGGUGGCCAGAAAGAAGAGAGCAUUUUGGCAAAGGAGUUGGAAUUAUUGGGAUGUGAUCAGGUUAGUCGAAGUUGCUGGGGUUCAUUUGCUGAGCCUCUUGGCUCCAUUUUACUUAAGUUGGUCGGCUUUUCGUGUUUUCCUUUGGAUCGUUGCCAUCAAUGGAAUCUGCAUCACCUUGUGUUAUCACCGGAAUCUUUCUCACCGAAGUUUCGAUCUACCGAAAUGGCUCGAGUAUCUAUUUGCUUAUGGUGGCCUUCUGGCUUUUCAGGGAGACCCAAUAGAGUGGGUGAGCAACCAUCGGUACCAUCAUAAGCAUUGUGAUACACAACGUGACCCACACAGUCCUACACAGGGGUUUUGGUUUAGUCACUUGGCUUGGAUAUUUGAUUCAGGUUAUAUCCACAAAAAGUGUGGUGGACAGGAGAAUGCAAACGAUCUCGUGAGGCAGCCCUUCUACAAGUUCCUCCAGCGAACCAUACUUUUGCAUGAGAUGGCGUUUGCCCUUCUCCUCUAUAUUUGUGGACGCACGCCCUUCCUCGUCUGGGGAAUCGGUGUGGCAAAUGUGGCUCGAUACCACGGGACCUUUCUGGUGAACUCAGUUUGUCAUACAUGGGGAACACGAGCUUGGAACACACCUGACCUCUCCAAAAACAAUUUGUGGGUAGCGGCUAUAACAUUUGGUGAAGGAUGGCAUAACAAUCAUCAUGCAUUCGAGUUCUCGGCUAGGCAUGGACUCGAGUGGUGGCAGGUCGACUUUACUUGGUAUCUUAUUAAGUUUCUUGAAGCUAUUGGCUUGGCCACGAACGUUAAGUUACCUUCUGAAGCUCAAAAGAAGACGAUGGCUUGUAACUAGCUGUAUUAUUGAUGUUCUGUCCUAUAUGUAUGAAUAAUAAAGUCAAGUGAACGGGAGUUAUAACCGUGGUUUGUUAGAUAAGAUAUAUUUAAGGGGUAUGUUUAAGUGUGGGUGGUGUUUUGUAUUAAUAAAGAACACAAGCUUCAGACGUGAUCUCUAUUUUUUGGUCAAGGCUGUUGGUUUUCUCUAUUAUAUACAAAUAUGGUAUUUCACAACAACUAGGUUUCUCAAGGCUGUUGGUUUGGUUACUAAUGUUAAGAAUACCAAUGAAGCCUAAGAGAAGAAAAUGGCUUUUGUCUGAUCCUUUAUAGCAGCUAAUUCCUUACAGAAAUUACCUUCUAAGAUUUUAAUAAUUAUCUUUGAUUCUGCUCCUCCAAUUUCGAAUAAAUCCCUAGUUCUUUUCAA